GGUUUUUUCGGCCAAAUGAAAGUUAUAUCCUAAACAUAGCAUCUCUAAAGAAUUUACUUCUAGUUUGGAAUCUAAACUCUUAAGUUGCUUUUGCAGUAGUUGUGUUCUUUUUACCAACAUAGGUGUAUCAAACUUCUUUUCGAAUUAGGAAUUGGUAUGGCUGUGGUUGUGGGUUUUUUCGGCCAAAUGAAAGUUAUAUCCUAAACAUAGCAUCUCUAAAGAAUUUACUUCUAGUUUGGAAUCUAAACUCUUAAGUUGCUUUUGCAGUAUUUGUGUUUAUCAAAGUAUGAAAUUUUUUAUAUGAAUAUAAAAGCAUAUAAGACCUUAAUAAAGUUGUGCCACAAGAAUAGAGAAUUAAAGCUUUUUAGUAUGGACUUCAAGUUGUUCCUAUAUCCUUUGUUGAGUUGGAGGCUGUAAAUUUCAAACCAGAGAAAAGUGUGAAGCUUCUAGGAUUCACAGAUGCUAUAAAUAUAAUGCGAAAUAAUUUAUUUCUUGAGUACUAUCUACACAGUUUUUUUCUGGUUGAUAUUUGGAUAGAAGGGAAUGUCUUGUGCUGUUUGUCUUUCCAAUCUUCAUACAAUAAUACUUUGUUUACUUAGGCAUUACUACCUGAAAGAUGUAAAUAUCUUCAUAGGCGAACCUGGCAACAAAUAAGCCAUCCUUGCACUUUUUGCUUUGGCAAGGGCAAUGAAGGAAAUGAACAAAGUAGCAAUUAUCCAAUGUGUAUGGAGGCAAGGACAGGGUAAUGUUGUUGUUAGGGUCCUAACUCCAAAUGUCUCUGACAAGGAUAAUACGCCUGAUUCAUUUUACUUCAAUGUUCUUCCCUUUGCUGAGGAUGCUCGGGAGUUUCACUUUCCUUCUUUCAGCCAUCUGCCUUCAUCAAUGCAUCCAAAUGAAAAGAAACAAGAGGCGGCAGAUAAAUUGGUUCAUAUGUUGUAUCUUGCACCACCUGAAAAACAGGAAGUGUUGCCUCGUGACUUUACACCUAAUCCUGUUUUAGAGGUAUGGCGUCAUGAUAGUUGCAGAGUAUUGUUGAGUUUUCCUUUUAGCUGGAGUAUUACUUUACGUGGUAUGGAAUCAAAGAUUUUUAUUGAGUAGUUUCUUUUUGAUGGUUUCUAAUAUUGCACGUGUGAUUUAUAUUUCUCUGCUGCAGAUAUAUAUAAUAACUGUUGCAGAUACAUUUAUCAAACUUCUUUUUGAAUUAGGAAUUGGUAUGGCUGUGGUUGUGGGUUUUUUCGACCAAAUGAAUGUUAUAUCCUAAACAUAGCAUCACUAAGCUUUCUGGUUUGGAAUAUGAGCUCUUAAGUUGCUUUUGCAGUAGUUGUGUUUAUCAAAGUAUGAAAUUGUAGAUAUGAUAUAGUAAGGGAUCCCCUCGCUGAGCUUCAGAUUUUACUAGCUUUACAUUACAAACAUAGCGAGUAGUUGAAAGACCUGAUACGAGUAGUUGACCUUAGAGCGUUUGCAUAUGUCCCAGGUAGCAAUUGAGGAACUUGGAGUUGUCCUACGGCAGGAAGAUAUUAUGUAUUCUUAUUAAACUAAAUAAUGAACCCAUCAAGAGGAAC